AUGGCACAGAAAGCGGCCAAAACUCUAGCCAGCCGCAAUGCGGCUGUCCUCACUCGGACUCACGUCAUAUCAGCCACAAUCCAUAUCCUGUUCAUUAUUCUUCACCAGGUCUUCAACAGACCACGCUCACUGAAACCCUACUUCUUGCUCGCGUUUCCCACCUUAAUAAUCGAAUUCUACUUGGACCGAAUUGGACGCCCAACCUACAAUGCCGAUGGCUCCGUGCGCUCAGCUGGUGAAGAUCUGAAUGCCACUGGCCUGACUGAAUACAUGUGGGAUGUGUUGUAUUGGACUGAAGGCUGCAUCGUUGCGGCCUGUAUCUUCAAUGACCGUGCUUGGUGGCUGUGGACGGUCAUUCCCAUAUACUCUGUCUACCUAGCCUACACUACGGUCAUGGGUGUAAAGAAGGGAUUCUCGGGCAUGGGCGGUGGUGGCGAUGAGGGGGAGUUUGAGGGCGCAAGGAGCAAGCGGGAGUUGAAGAAAGAGAAGAGGGGUGAUCGACCGAAACACCGAACUCGUUAA